UAGGCAAAAAAAGCGGAUGUUGACGGAUUAUUUCAAAGUGUCGGCGCUAACGUUACUUUUACUAUCGCUUCAAUAUCAGGUUUACUUAAACAGAUAUCAGAAUAACAUAACCAGUCAAUAAAUUUUAACUAGGUCAACUAUUACCGCCAAGAUACACCAAUUUAUUGCUAGCGUAACGCUAGCAAGGAAUUAGCCACGGAUGCUGUUUCCAUGGUGAUUUUACGCUUAACGGCAACUUUCUAGCUAGUUGAUGAUGUUAGCUUUAGCUGUUUAAUAGUAACACUCAGAGCUUAGUUAUUGAUAUGAACAGAGAUGUUAUCAUCGGGGUUUCAGUCCUCUCAUCUUCAGAGUAUUACGAGCAAUAAUGGCGCUCAUGUUUUGCAGUUUGAAUCUUCACCGAGCCACACAAAACUAACACAGAAAACGACAAGAACAACCGAGACCCACGACGCCUCUCCUCGGCUGAGAUUUAACAGCCUGACACUGGAUGAAUUGAGUGAGGAGCUUGAAAAGCGCACCAAGGAAACCCAAAGGCUUCAGGAAGAGGUGGAAAAUGCAACCAAAAUGGCCUUGGAGAGGUUUGGCUGCACAAAUGGCAUCCACAGCUCACCUGGACAAAGCUGCCACAACCACAGCUUUAAUGUUGAUGACUCACCUGGGGAUUCCACUUUACUUUCAACCCACCAGCAGGCCAUGACUCAGCCUCUGGUCUGUGAUCUGGAUAGCGUAGACCAAGGGGUGGCCCAAAGGGAAAACAGCUCUCCUGGAAGGGAGGUGUUUGAGAGUACAGUAGAUGACUGUCUUCAACAGCUGUCUGACUUGCAGCUCAACAAGUCACAGACCCAUGAUCAACCUGAGCAAGAGCCAUUCAGUUUUGACAAAGCCAUCAUAAACCUGCAGACUAAGUUGCAGAAAGUGCAGAAGGAGAAGGAUGCCCUGUCUGACCUCAGAUUGAAGGAUUCAAGGACACACGUUGGUCAGAUGGAAAAGAUGCUGUUCAUGUUGGAAGAGCUCCAAAACAUCAAAGGGGCAGAGGGCCAGAAGCUGCAGGAGACGGAGGAUGAGACGUUGGCACUUAACAGGAGAGUAGAGACACUGGAACAGAAUGUAAAGGACAUGUACUCACUGUUAUUUCACGAGACACAAUGCGGACACAACGCCAUCACUAGUCCUAAUGUCGCCAGUAGUUCAAGACAGCUACCUAAGUUAACUGAGGAUUUUAACAAUGAGACAGAACAGCUACAGGAGAGACUUUGUUUGCAGUCAAUAAAACAUCUGGGGAGUGAAGAAACCAGUGAAGUAAAUAAGCAAAAAGAAAGAAUGGAAGACCUGAUUGCGAGUCUUGGCCAGGAGGUGGCACUGUUGACUGACAAACUGAGUUCAUCAAAACACAACAGCAUCAACUUGAGUGUCAAGUUGGAGCUGCUAAAGAAACUUGCAGAAAGACAGACAUCACUGCACCAGUAUCAGGUCAGUGAACUUGAGUCAACCCUCGGCAGCCAUAAAGAUAAGGUUUGCUUUCUGGAGCAGCAGCUCAUUCAGGCUCAGUCCCAGCUGGUGAAUGCCCAGCAAGAGAAAGAGCGAUCUUUACAACAAACAGAGGAGCUUCAGUCGAAGCUUGGCCAGCUUCAGAGGUGCGGUGAGCAGCAGCAGUCUGAGCUCCAGGAGGAGGUAAAGGUCCUGAGAGGACAGCUGGAGGCGGCCAGGGAAGAGAAAACCAUCCUACAGGCCCUGCUGGAGCAGAGGGCCCAGGAGGGGAGGAAAUCCCAGGAAGCCCUGGAGGAGAAAAACAAGGAAAUGCAGCUCAGGCAGCAGGAAGCCCAGCAUCAUCUUGCCAGGUUGGAAGAGGCCCAAAGCCAGUGCCAGAUGCUGCAUGCAGAGGGAGAGACUCUGAGGCUGAAGCUGGAUAAGCGAGAGAAGAUGAUGGAUAUUCUGAGGUUGCAGAUGGAGAGCAGCUUCCAAAUGACCGUGCAGCACAGCCGCACUAUCGAAAACCUUCACCAGGAGAACAGCCUGCUCAGCAACCAGCUUAACCAGCGCAAGCUGGAGAUUCGGCAGCACAGGGCUGAGUUAGACCAACACAAGUCAGACCUGGCUGCUGCAGAGCACGAGAGGCAGCAGCUACAGGCCUCUGUGGCUGAACAAUGUCAGCGUGUCCAGGAGGAAACUCUGGAGAAACAGCAGCUCACCAUCCAGCUGGACGUCCUGCGCAUGCAGUUACUCAGCCUCACCAAGGAGCACAAAGAGCUGCAACGGCUCCACAGCUGCAGGAACGAGGAGCACGAGGGUGCGGUGCUAAAGCUUCAGAGUCAGCUAAGGAGCGCCCAUGACGAGCUGGACCAGGUCAAGAGCACCCUGAGGACCCUGGAAGGAGCUGACGGACAUGGCCUCCAGGUAGCCAUGGACAUGCAGAAGGAGAUCACCGCCAGGAGACAGCAGGUCGACUCCCUGCAGGGCAAAAUCCAACAUUUGGAGGAGGUUAAGGACAAGCUGUACCAGGAGAAGCGCUACCAUGGCCUGGAGAACCAGCGUCAGCUCCAGCAGCUUACCUUCGUCAGGGAGGAGAAGAGACAACUUGGCGAUGAGCUGGAGGCCCUUCGCUCCAAAGAUAAACAGCUGAGGGAGCGGAUCAGCCAGCUGGAGGCAAUCCUUCACAAGAUGUCAGAGAGCUUUGCAGAUUGUCAAGAUUUCAUCCAGCUGCAGGAGCAAGAUUUUUUCCGUCUGAAACUCCAACACGCCCUGGACUUGAAGGAGCUUCAAGGUCAAAAUUUGCGCACAGCUCUGAAUUUACCUCCACCUGACCUGGACUCCCCAUUCCCAUCUGCACUCACUGCUCCACCCUCUUCUCAGCACGCCUCCAACACCCAGAUCACGCAGGAGAGCCCCGCCCAGGAGCUCAGGUCUCUCGUCAAGGAGCUGCGAGGAGUCAUUUCGGAGAACCACAGACCACACACAGAUAACAGGAGGAGGUCAGCGCCGGAGAGAGUGCACAGAACCACAUUCAGGACUGACAAGGCAGAAGAAGUUAAAGCUCCCUCCAGAUUUAGAAGAAAAACCUGUGGCAGAUUCCUCGUGCUGUCACAGGACCGCUCUGAGCCACUGACAUGAUGCAGCAGCAACACAGACCUACAGUAUGAAUGGAUAACGUACCCAUGACGACAUCACGUCAAUGCAGUGCCACUUCUCUGAGGAAUUUCAACUUACUGAAGGUGGAACUUCACUCAUGUGACUCCCAGAGGAGUGUUUUAACAGCUUUCCCCCACAUACUUGAGUCAGACAGGGUGACAUACAGUGACCUGCCUAUUCCAAUUGCCAGGUCAGGCAUUUUGCUUCCCUUUUCUGGUUUACUGAUAACUUGAAUUUUCUGUUUUAAAA